AAUAUAGUAUUUUGUUGUACAACUCCAACGCGGUGGGUGGCGGUAGUUCUCCUCAAUGCAGGAGACAAAACGGGAAGAAGAAGAAAACCAGAAAUGACGCAGAAGAAGAAGAGAGAAACAUUAGUAAAGAUGGCGGAGAAAAGCAGCACGGAGCGUACGGAGGAUGACAACAUGGAUAAAAAUGUUGCCGCCCGAGCACCUAUGAUGGUGGUCACUGUGAAAACUCCAAAUGGAAAAGAGGACAUCUCGAUUCCAGAGGAUUCUUCUGUCUCUCAGUUCAAACUGGAGGUGUCCAAGAAGUUUGAGGCCCAGCACGACCAGCUGGUGUUGAUAUUCGCUGGAAAGAUUCUGAAGGACGGCGACACGUUAAACCAGCACGGUAUCAAAGACGGCUUGACCGUUCAUCUUGUCAUCAAGACUGCCCCGAAGUCGACAGGUGACAGUACAUCUCAAACGACUUCCCGUUCGGCAACACUUCAAAAUAGCAGCAGCAGCAGCAGCAGCAGCAGCAGCAGCAGCAGCAGCAACGUCGGCGCCACGGCAGACAGAGCCACAACUGGCACGAGUCAGACGCCAACGCCACCUGCUCAUGCGAUGGGUGGACUUGAGGACAUGUCCAGCUUGUUGGGUCUGGGCAUGCGUUCCUCCAGCUUCAUGGAGAUGCAGCAGCAGGUGCAGACCCAGCUGAUGUCCAACCCGCAAAUGCUGUCGCAGAUGAUGGGCAACCCUAUGGUGCAGAACAUGAUGUCCAACCCGGACCUGAUGAGACAGAUGCUCGCAGGCAACCCUCAGAUGCAGCAGCUGAUGGGACGGACCCCGGACGUCUCCAGCAUGUUCAACAACCCUGAGCUCAUGAGACAGGUCAGAGCGGAGUGUCUGAGGCUUUUGUCUGUCCUGAUAGAUGCCCAAUCGUUCACAGUAACGUCUUGGGUUAGUUGCAGCAGUUUUGUCGGAUACAAAAAUAUUAGUGUUGUGUGUUCUUCUCCCGCUGUGGUAUCGACCUCUGUUGUCCCGCCCCAUUUGCUUGCAUAUGUCUUAUAUUCUUUUUAAUUGGUUUUAUUUUAGUUAUUA